UCUUCCUUCGUCUCCUUCUUCUUAAUAAUUACAUUCUUCGAUUCCCAGAAUGCUAAAUUCAUUUCCCUCUUUACAUUUCUUUCAAAUGGAAGUUACCAAAUCCCCCAACAAGUCCAACCGACGUCGUUUUGUUCUCCCUUCAAUCUUCUUCAUCCUUUUCCUCUGCGUUUUAGCCUCCAUUAACGAAGCUCGUUUCGACGCCCUUUUGAAGUUCGGCCGAUGCUCCGUCGCCGCUGCCACUACUUCCUUUGACUCCUCUCUUGUAAAUUCUUCCUCUGUUUCCAACGACACCGAUAUCCGUAUUCUCAUCGGCAUUCUCACUCUUCCCGAUCAGUACAAUCGCCGUCACUUCCUCCGCUUAAUUUACGGCACGCAAUCCUUUUCCGGCGCUAAAAUCGACGUGAAAUUCGUCUUCUGCAAUUUAACAAAAGAGGAUCAGAAAAUUCUCGUCGCCUUGGAAAUUAUGCGGUACGACGACAUUAUAAUCCUCAAUUGCAAAGAGAAUAUGAAUAAAGGCAAAACCUACACCUACUUCUCCAGUCUACCGGAGAUCUUCAACAACAGCGACGACGGCGGUUCUUAUCCGCCGUAUCACUAUGUGAUGAAAGCCGACGACGAUACCUACAUUAGACUAAACAGCUUGGUGGAAUCGCUCCGGCCACUUCCGAGAGAAGAUCUGUACUACGGAUAUGUAAUUCCUUGUCCGAGUAUGGAUCCAUUCGUUCAUUACAUGUCGGGAAUGGGAUAUUUGAUAUCUUGGGAUUUGGCUGAGUGGAUCAGAGAAUCGGAGGUUCCGAAGAAGCAUUUGGAAGGGCCAGAGGACAAAGUAUUUGGGGACUGGCUUAGAGAGGGGCGGCGUGCGAAGAAUCGGUUCAAUGCGAAGUGGUCGAUGUACAAUUAUCCGGAGCCGUGGACGGGAUGUACUCACGAGCUUUGGCCGGAGACAAUCGCCGUUCAUCUGUUGAAGAAUCAGGAGAAAUGGAUUCGUACAUUGACGUAUUUCAAUGUCACAGCGAAUUUGAAGGAAUCGAAACUAUACCAUAUUGAUGCAUAGGUGAUUCUUCAUAUGGAUUAAAUAAGUUUUGUUUUUCAUUUUUUGGUUAAUUCUUUUCAAAUUAUACACAAGAAGAUUCUUCA